GCCAAGUUCAUGCAAGGCAUAAAACAGUUGUUCCAAGUACGAAGGUCUUGUUGGGAGUGUAGCAACGAAUUACCAACCUGCUGAAAUGAGUUUCCUUGGUGGUCUGUUUGGUCCCGUAUGUGAGAUUGAUGUCAUACUCAAUGAUGCUGAGAGUAGAAAGACAGCAGAACUUAAGGCAGAAGAUGGAAAAGUGGAGAAGCAUUACUUAUUUUAUGAUGGAGAGUCAGUUUCUGGAAAGGUAAAUAUCAACGUAAAACAAACGAGCAAGCGCCUUGAGCAUCAGGGAAUUCGCAUAGAGUUUGUUGGACAGAUUGAACUGUUUAGUGAUAAAAGCAACACGCACGAGUUUGUGAACCUUGUGAAGGAGCUUGCGCUUCCUGGAGAGCUAACCCAGAAUCGAAGCUAUGACUUUGAGUUUAUGCAGGUGGAGAAGCCAUAUGAGUCCUAUGUUGGAGCUAAUGUGCGACUGAGGUAUUUCCUCAAAGUAACAAUAGUAAGGAGGCUGUCUGAUUUUGUAAAAGAGUAUGACCUCAUAGUCCAUCAGCUUGCCACUUACCCUGAUGUCAACAAUUCCAUCAAGAUGGAAGUUGGAAUUGAAGACUGCCUACAUAUAGAAUUUGAGUACAACAAGUCUAAAUAUCACCUAAAAGAUGUAAUUGUGGGUAAAAUCUACUUUUUGCUGGUACGAAUUAAAAUCCAACACAUGGAGCUUCAGCUGAUCAAGAAAGAAAUGACAGGAAUUGGGCCAAGUACCACUACAGAAACAGAAACUGUGGCCAAGUAUGAGAUUAUGGAUGGAGCACCAGUGAAAGGUGAGUCCAUUCCUAUACGCCUUUUCCUUGCUGGCUAUGACCUCACAGCUACCAUGAGAGAUGUAAACAAGAAAUUCUCUGUGAGGUACUUCCUAAACCUGGUGCUGGUGGAUGAAGAGGAUAGGAGGUACUUCAAACAGCAGGAAAUUGUUUUGUGGCGAAAGGCCCCAGAGAAAUUGCGAAAACGCAACUAUCACCAGCGCUAUGAGUCACCCGAGUCACGGCCGAGCCUCUCUGCUGAGCAGCCUGAAAUGUAAGGAGGAGAUGUGGACAGCAGCCAACCAGGGACAUGGUCCUUUAGCGGCCAAUCACAGGAGAGGAGAGCAGCUCCCACCAAACAUCCAUGUCGCCACUCCUAACAGCUUGCGGUGAUGGGUUUUGCCUGCCUUCGCUGUGUCUACUCUGCCAUCCUCAGCAAGCAGUUUAUUAGCAUACAAGGACUUCUUAUACACUAGAGAGAGCACUGGAACAGAAGCUACUAUGUAAAUCCUAUAGUUUGGGGCUUGCACCCAUUCCUAGAUGAGAAUGAAUUAAAUGAAAAAAUGAAGCACUUGUUAAUUUUCCUGAAGCUCCACAUAGAUACAUGGCCUCCAGAGUUUUUGGGAAAAAUGAUACAAUUCACUUCUGAGAUCAUCCUUGUACAUUCUGACUGGCAAAAUUGAAAACCUUGUUCAUAUCAGCUAACGUUAGCCGUGGGGCCAGUUCUAAAGGUCAAGAAAAGAAAUUUGUCCUGUGUGUUCUGAGUGCCAUACUGUUUGCAGUCACUUUAUAAUGUAAAACUUUUCUCUUUAACUUAUUUAGC